CCGAAAUAAUUUUGACUUAAGAUUAAUUCCUAUUAAUUAAUGGCUUUUCAAGCCGACAGUUUAAUUCCAGCCAGAUUUUUAAUAUUACUAGCUAAUCUUAUUAUUCUUAUUCUUGCUCUUUGGACAAGGGAUGGAAAUGUCGUUUCUAGCUUACCUUAUGAAUUUGAUGAAGAGGAGUAUUAUUUUAAAGAUAGAGAGUUGAUUGUAGGUCUAUCUCUAGGUAUAGCUUUUAUCGGAGUUGAAUUCAUAGGUUUCUUCAGUGGUGUAUCUAUGUUCAAGCCAUCAAUUGGCUUAUUAUCAAUAUUCUUACAUGGACUGUCUUGUGUUUUAACAUCUCAAUGGCUGAUUCAUUCAUGGCAAGCAUCUUCUUAUUGGCUAAUAUUUGGAGCGUUUUCUAUAUUACCGGCUGCAGUGGAAUCUAUUAACAUGAUUUGCAUUCUUACAGGUGCUAUUAUUAAAGAAUUAUGACAAACUGAACCGUCACAUUGUGUUGCUUUAUUUUUUUUGUUAAUUGAGAUUAAAAUGUUAUGAUAAAUUGUAGUCUAAAUGUUUUUUUUACUAAGGUAAAAUUAAUCUAUUUUCUAGGAACCAAAAUUAAGAAAUAUUUAUCAAAGUUAUUUAUUUUGAGAUUUGUAAUAUAGUAUUUAAAAUUUUUGACAACUGUUUUAAAGUAGAUAUGAUUAUUUAAAUACUAGAUAGUUUUUACUAAGACAUUUCAAUUGAUUUAUUAUUAUUAUAUAUCAUCAUCAUCCCAAGCUCAACAAUCCAUUACUGG